AUGUUCCGUGGACAGCUCAAGUCCUCCCAUCAGUCAACAUCACUGAUCACUGAUGCAGACGAACAGCAACCAGAACAUGUGCCAACAAAGUUUGAAUCAGAAGCAACUAAAAUCACAGAUAGUGACACUUUGAGGGAAAAUGCACCACCGGCACCCCUGCUGGCUCCAAGACAGGAAAACCCAGCUCUGGAUUCAUCAGCAGAAAACCACAUCCAAGAACAAGAAAAGAGGUUGUCAGUCGAACUGCGUGAAAGCAUCAAAAUAUGUGUAUGUAAGGCAGAUCUAACGACAUUUGUCGCUGAUGCUGUUGUCAAUGCUGCCAAUGAGAAGCUGCAUCAUUAUGGUGGGCUUGCACUGGCUCUGAGUAAAGCUGGAGGGCCAGAGAUCAUUGCAGAGAGUGACCUCCACAUUCACGAGUAUGGCAGAUUAAAACCUGGGUCAGUCAUUACCAGUGCUGGUAAUCUACCUUGCAAAAAGUUAAUUCAUGCUGUUGGCCCACGAGUCAAACCCAAUCCAUCUCCAAAGGAGUUGUCCAAAGCCAAGAUGACUCUAAAAAGGACAAUCGAGAAUAUCUUGCUUGAAGUGACAGAACAUCAGUUUCAGUCGGUUGCCAUUCCAUGUAUAAACUCUGGCAUAUUAAAUUUUCCUUUGCCAAUGUGAGCAGACAUUAUAGUGUCCACUUUGAAUGAGUUCCAUGACCAGAAGCAAUUAAAAACUCCACACCUCAUGGUUUACCUUGUAAACAAUGAUGAACCAUCUGUCAAAAAGAUGGAAAGAGCCUGUAUGGAGAUUCUUGUGUAA